UGUACUCGAGGAGGAUGGAUUCAUUCAUAAGACAAGAUCUGCUACUGUGCACCGUAAUACAAGCUAACGUCCUCCGGCGUAACGUGGACGGACUUUAUGGAUCUAUAAUCGCAUAUUUGCCGGAUAAAGCCUCGAGGAUUUAAACCUAAACGAGAGGACUUUUUAACAGAUUGAGUUGGACACUUUCCCCCGUAAACGCGGGGAACUGGAUUAAGCUUCUUCAUGCAACUUUUUUGGAAAGAAACCAAGAGCAUCUCACCGGGGAAUAACAAAAAGAUCAGCAAGGGUGACAUCGCGCUCUCUCCGGCAACUGCAGGUGUCGCGUUCUCUCUCGGUCCCUGCGGGGAGAUGUACCAAGGGUUCCCCGGCGACCCAGACAGCGGAUCCCGUGGAAGCUCGUCUCCAUCCAUAGAGUCCCAGUACCUUUCCUCCGUGGACUCCUUCGGGAGCCCGCCGACCACCAGUGCUCCGCAGGAGUGUGUGUCAGCGGGAGCUGGCUUGAGCAUUGUGGGUAGCAGGCCAGGGCCCAGUGUCGGAGGUGAGAUGCCCGGUUCAUUUGUGCCCACUGUCACUGCCAUCACCACAAGUCAGGACCUGCAGUGGAUGGUACAGCCGACCCUCGUCUCCUCCCAGGCCUCUGGACAGAGUGGGUCCACUGGCACCACAACCAUGACCCAGCCAGUGUCACUGGUUGACCCAUAUGACAUGCCAGGCCCAAGUUUUUCUUUGGGGUCUGGAUUCACCCCUCCAAGUUCAGACACUCCGGGCCCAGCACCGGGCCCCAUGCGCCAGUCCAGAACCCGCAGCCGGCGUACACGAGACGAGUCUGUGAGUGACGAUGGAGAUGUUGGUGUGUUACUGACACCUGAGGAGGAGGAGAAAAGGCGUGUUCGGCGAGAGAGAAACAAGCUGGCUGCCGCCAAAUGCAGAAACCGCAGACGGGAACUCACAGACAGACUGCAGUCGGAGACAGACAUACUGGAGGAGGAGAAGGCAGAGCUGGAAGCUGAGAUCUCUGAGCUGCAGAAGGAGAAGGAGCGCCUGGAGUUUGUCCUGGUGGCCCACCAGCCGAACUGUAAGAUCCCAUACCAGGACCAACCCCAGCAGGGCUCAGCGCAGCUCCCUCCAAUCCAGCCCCAGCUCCCUCCCCAGAACAUACAACCUCCUGUCUCCAUUGUGGGCUUGGCUGUGAAGGAGGACUCUUUCUAUCUGCCUCCUGCCUACACAGCCCAUCCGGCAUCCACACAGUCCCAGCCUCCGGUUCAGCAGCAGCAAGUCCAGCAGCAGCCUCAGCCAGGGAUAAUGCAGGAGGUAGAGUUUUCUAGUUCUUUCUAUGGCGCACUUGAGCCUGCACCAGGUGGGCCGUGUCUUAUGGCCAGCGACAGUGGUGGUGGUGGUGGUAACCAUGACGAUGCGGCCAUUGGCAGCUACAACACCUCAUACACAUCUUCAUUUGUGUUCACCUACCCAGAGGGAGCCUGCGGGGUCAGUGCCAACCAGCGGAACAGCAGUAGCGAGCAGUCAUCUGAUUCCCUGAACUCGCCUUCGCUGCUGGCACUCUGACUGACCGACAGACACACGCGCACACACGUCAACACACAUAUACAUAAUGGUCGUUACAUGCACAGUACAGACAGUAUCAGUCUCACAGAUUGAGAAAAAACAAAACGACCAAUCAAUUGUUUCUGAUUGGGUCAAAGUUUACACAUUCAGAAAUGCAUUCCAAUUAAGAGCCAUAAAAAAUGACACGAGUGCACAUGAAUUACGUUAGAUCUGAUCUUUAAUAGUGAGCCUAAACAAUAAACCAUUUCUUGUUUUGCAUUAUCGGAAUACUUGCAACUGGACAAGAUGAGUGAAUAAAAACUGAGUCACAAAAUCAAGUCCAAGUUGCUCAUCUUAAGUGCUCUGAAUUAACAGAUUAAUUCACAUAUUCUCAAUCUUUAACACGAGUGAGAUAUCCACAAGCUCACUUUACACUCUGACGAGCACCAGUGCCCCCACCUUGUUCCCUCUGUCGGUUGCCCCUUUUUCCAGUGCUCUUGCUCUCAUCCUUUUCCAUCCUUUUCUCCCUUCUUCCUCUUGCUGAAUGUAUUUGUGCAAAUCUGAAAUAGGGACGAAGGACACUUUGUACAGGGUCUUUUCUUGUGGGAGACAGACAGCUGAUUUCUUGCUCACCUCUAACCCUUCAUCUGCUCGACUUCCCUCUGCUUCUUCAUUUGCUGCUUGGACUUGGAAAGUUGGGGAUCUGAGAAUCACAGCCUCCACUAAAUCUUGUGCUUUCUUCUCUCGUUUUAAAAAAAAAUUCUUCUGCCGUCUGCCUACCUGCCAUGCGACCCAUCUCUGCCCAUCUCUGUUUCUCCUCUUCUGUCUCUGUGUUUCUCCCUCUCUCUGAAGUCUUCAACCCCCGAGAGCCCGAAGACCCCCGAGAGCCCUUGGGACCUUGAGUGAAUGACGGCCCAACUAACACGCCUUUUUGCACCCUCUCAUACAAGGACAUGGAUGCAACCCCCCCAUACAGAAGAACCUUUGACAUGGAGCGCAUUGCUCAAAGAGGAUCCUUACAGUGAACAGCAGCUAAAUACUUUGUCACACGCACAUAAAUGCAUAAUUGAUGAAUGCAAAAUGCAAGACAGAUGCCACUGUCUUCUGCUGAGCCAUUUUUCAAUGUUCACACAGUGAUUAGACACAUCUUGAGGUUAAAAGUGAGGAUGGAGAGAGGAUUAGCAGGAAUGGAGGAAAGAAAGAAGUCGAUUUUUUUCCAUCGAUUUUUGGAACCAAAUGUUGAACACAAAGCAAAAAAAAAAAAGAAGAAAGAAAAAAUCCUGCUCUUGCCAACUGUGUGGAAGGGUGAUCUCAGUAAAAAAAACACCUCCAUACCACAGAGCCUCAUCACCCUGGGCCUACAUGCGCAUAUUCAAACCAUUGCUUUGAAGUCUCUGAACUGAAGAUACAGACGUUUUGUUGCAGCGCACCAGCUCCGUGUUUUGCUCGGAAUCAAUCAGAUGUGAACCGAUGCCUUUAUUUAGACCAGACGUGUUUUUUGUUGUGAUUCAGACAACCUCUAAACAUUGGGCUCAGUGGUCUCUGUACCUCCCUUGUUCUCUCAGCAGAGAUGAGGCAGGGGUGCAUUUUAUUGUGAGUGCCACCACUCUGAGGCACCUGGCCCGUUUAUUUCUUUCUUUAUUGAGGUUGAUGUGGCGAGUGAGCACAAAGCAAGACCUGGAAACAAAAAGGGGAGAACAUGUGGGCUGAUGUUGUGGAGUGAGCGUCCUUUCUUUGCCUGUGAAUUUGUAUAACUUGUUUUUUCCUGUAUGUUUGAGUAAGAAUUGUUAUAUAUUUUUAAUGUCUAUGUUUGUUUGCGUGUUUGAUUGUUUUGCAUUGACCUCUGCUUUCAUUUGUACUGUUGCCGUUUCUUGUUUUUGUUCUGUUUGUUUUUUAAUUGGGAGAGUUCCUUAUAACUGUUACUAUUAUUAUUGCAUUGUAACAAGUGUUUCAUUUUUUAAUUGUAUUUUCAUUUGGCAACUUUGGAGGCAUGUUGUGCACUACUAAAAAAAAAUCUAAUCUAUAAGUAUAUGCAUAUACAUAUAUACAGCUAACGUGUAUAUAUAAGUGUAUGUACCAUGAUUGUAAAGUAUGAAUGUCUGCAGAUCUAAAUGGAAUAUUUUUGUCAAUGAAGAACAAGAUAAAAUGUUACUGAGGUUUAGUUUUAAAAUUAAUAUUUUUCUAAAGGAACAACAAAAAAAACUAUAAUAAAUUUAAAGUACUGCCCUGUCCCUCAACAUGAAGCACUAUGUCACUGCCUCUAUCAAUGUGUAUUUAUGUUUUAUAAACAAUAUAAAGCACUAUACAAGUUACAUUAAAUGUAUGUUUAUGAUUAUGAUGUUAGACAGUUGUGGAUAACACCUUUGUUAUUCUUGUUUGUUUUUUCUCUGUGAGGUCUGUCCCAAUACUACUGACACCUUAAUGCCACUUGAUCAUUAGAAGAUGCAAAAUGAGGAAAAAAAACUAGUGUGAUUUAAUGUCAAUACACAUAUUAAAAGUGUUCAGACUACAACAUAAUGACUAAACUGUUUCAUUUAAGGACAACAUAUUUCAUACCCAGUAUGCAUAUCUGUCCAGUAUAAACAUAUCACUCAAUGAAAUUAUUUCCUAACUGAAAUGUGUGUUCGAAGAAUAACCGCAGUUUUAGCCUUGAUAUGAACAUUAUCAUGUUAAAGUCCAUUCUUGUAUUCAAGCAAAUAUAGUGUCUAAUUAAGAUAAAAAUGUAUUAUGAUUAUAUUUGCUGGAUAAGAAGAUUUAUUUUCAAUAAAUAAACAUGUUUAUUCAAAACAGUGGCUAGAUUAAUGAUAUAAAGUGUUAUUCAAAUGUGGCUCUUGGUGUUCAGAAAAUGGGCAGACCUCAUUUUUUAAAAAAUGUUAAAAUAAGGACCGUGUUUGUAAAGGUGUUGGAGAUGUCUUUUGAUUUCUCUCCAAAUGCAAAUGUGAUGAGAAUAUGUUCUGGUGUGAGAAUAAGCAUAAAACGUAUUCAAUAGUUCUCAUGUACAUAGGUUUUUGUGGUGCUACUUACAGUAUGCUAUAAUGACGACGAGGCAGUUUCACAUUGGUGGAAGGUUACACUUUGCUGUUGCUGAGGCUCCAGACAAUGAGUAUACUGCUUGUCUUAAUGGGAUAUUUUAUUAAGAAUGGAAGCCAAUAACACAGUGAAUUCCUAGCAGCUGAAGCUCUGAGAGCCCAGUAAUCACUCUAUGAUUUCAUCAUAGUUUAAUAUCAAUUGCCUGCUACAUCUUUAAGUGUGAUAAACAGUUCUCAGAGGGUCCUUGUACUGUAUGCACUCCACUCUUAAGCCACUGAUCACCACACAACAUAUUAGAGUCAUUCUUUCAUCUAAUUUCUUUGCCUUGAAUUCAAUUAAAAUUGUCUGAAUAUGCAUUAGAUGAUUUGUAAGGUUAAGGUUACAAUCACACAUGGGUUGCUAAUGUACUGGAAAAGGCGGCACAGAAGGAAAAGGAGAAAUAUUUAGAUACCAAUUAUAAGACAGAGAAACCGCCUGCACCUACCUGUACUGUACAAUGGCUAUGUUAGAGUUAACUGAACAAGAGCUUUCCUAUUUUUCUAUGAUGAGGUGAAUGUUGUUAUGUAUUUCUAUUUUUCCACAAGCCCCAUAUAUGCUCUGAUUUCAUAGUUUCCCUGGUAUGAAACGCAAUACUUAUUAUCCUCUUGGAUAAACAUAAUGUAGCAAAUCACGCAGUGCUCAAACUGACUGCUACUACAUGUCAAGUGUGAUGAUGUAUUGCUUUAACUAUCAAUUUUUGUGACAAUAUUAAAAGUUACCCUCAA